AUGCGCGACGAGGCGUCGGCCCCAGCCUCCCGCGGCUCUUCCCCAACCCCCUCUUCGCCGAUCCCUCCGUCGAACGCCUUUUUUGCGGUGUACGAUGGGCAUGGCGGCUCCGACUGCUCCUCGCUCGCAGCCACCCGGCUUCACCUUCUCCUCGCUCAUGAUGAGGAGGCGACCUCCGAGACAUUUGGCAGACCGAGGCGGCGCCACGCGCGCCGCGUACACCCGAACUUCCGAUCGCUCGGGGACGUGCGCGUUGGCCGUAUUGUUGCGCGGCUCGAAGCUGCAUGUCGCUUCCGUCGGCGAUUGCCGCACGCUGCUCGUGAGCGGCGAGCACACAUACCAGCAGCUGACCACUGACCAGCGCGCUUCCGAGCCGGCCGAGAGGGCGCGCAUCCUUGAGUGCGGCGGCGAGAUAUCUGCGGACGGGCGCGUUUGGGGCUCGCUCAUCCCCAGCCGCACGCUCGGCGAUUUCCCGUGGAAGGACCGCGACGGCGGACGCGCCCUCAGCUCGUUGCCGGCGUGCGCUUCCUUCUCUGUCCUCCCCACGCACAAAUAUCUCGUCCUCGGCUCGGACGGGCUCUUCGACGUGUUGCAGAACCGGACCAUCGCCCGCCUCAUCGGCCGGCUCAACUCUGGCGCACAGCGCGCCUGCAACGAGCUGGUGAAGGAGAUCAAGAAGCGGCCUGGCACCGACGACACGACAGUCAUCGUUAUCCACUUUGAGAGGGAUCGCCAGAGAGAAUGCUCAGCUGACAAGCUGUUCGGCGCCGUCCGCCGCUCGAUGGUGGUGGCCGCCCACGAUCGGAUGAUGUACAACCGUCAGCGAUCGCAGCUCAAGCACCACAUGCAGCUGGCGGCGCGCUACAGCGGCAGUGACUUCAUGUCGCGUGGGGAGCUGUCGCUGGCCGCCAAGCUGGCGGGCAUGGACCACGUGCUCACGGAGGAGAAGCUUGACCUGUUUUUCAACCCCCGAGAGUCACCACGUGGCGCUGUAAAGGACGGCGCGGCGAAUUGGCGCCACAUCAACAAGGCGCUCGCCCCGCAAAUGGCGCAGCGCCCUGAGGCUACGGCCACGGCUUCCUACCGCACCAAGCGGCUGACUGCGACCACUAAGCGCGUGCAAGCUGCCGAGCCAAAAUUGGUCCCGGAAGUCCACGCGGCGCCGGCAACUUACCCCUCCAGCCCUGACCCAUUCGAGAGCAUCGAUCCCCUCGAACUCGAGAAGUUCCACAUGGUGCUCCAGACGCAUUUCACGACGCGUUUUGCCGAGAUGCGCCGCGCUUUUCGCAUGCUUGACCAGACGCAGUCCGGCAUGCUCUCGCGCAAUGAGGUCAAGCUCAGAUGGCACAGCCUACUGGUUCAGAAUUAUUUUCUCGCUUUCUCUGUGUACCUGUGUUAG